AUGGCUGCUCCUACGGCUAGCACAACUGAAGCAGGUGAGAUCUCCUCUUCAACGGAAGAAAUUUUAUCUACAACCAAGAAGGGAGCUACUGAUCAGAUUUCAUCUUCAACUGCCAAUGAGGAAUCAACGCUCAAUCCAUAUGCAAGCACUUCUUCCACGGAAUCGAUAACAAGUCCUACGGCUAGCACAUCUGAAGCAGAUGAGAUCUUCUCUUCAACGGAAGAAAUUUUAUCUACAACCAAGAACGAAGCUACUGAUCAGAUUUCAUCUUCAACUGGCAAUAAGGAAUUAACGCUCAACCCAUAUGCAAGCACUUCUUCCACGGAAUCGAUAACAAGUCCUACGGCUAGCACAACUGAAGCAGGUGAGAUCUUCUCUUCAACGGAAGAAAUUUUAUCUACAACCAAGAGCGGAGCUACUGAUCAGAUUUCAUCUUCAACUGCCAACGAGGAAUCAGCGCUCAAUCCAUAUGCAAGCACUUCUUCCACGGAAUCGAUAACAAGUCCUACGGCUAGCAAAACUGAAGAAGGUGAGAUCUCCUCUUCCACAGAAGGAAUUUUAUCUACAACUAGGAGCGAAACUACUGAUCUGAAUUCAUCUUCAACUGGCAAUGAGGAAUCAACGCUCAAUCCAAAUGCAAGCACUUCUUCCACGGAAUCGAUAACAAGUCCUACGGCUAGCUCAACUGAAGCAGGUGAGAUCUCUUCAACGGAAGAAAUUUUAUCUACAACCAAGAGCGAAGCUACUGAUCAGAUUUCAUCUUCAACUGGCAUUGAGGAAUCAACGCUCAAUCCAUAUGCAAGCACUUCUUCCACGGAAUCGAUGACAAGUCCUACGGCUAGCACAUCUGAAACAACUGAGAUCUCCUUUUCAACGGAAGAAAUUUUAUCUACUACCAAGAGCGAAGCUACUGAUCAGAUUUCAUCUUCAACUGGCAAUGAGGAAUCAACGCUCAAUCCAUAUGCAAGCACUUCUUCCACGAAAUCGAUAACAAGUCCUACGGCUAGCUCAACUGAAGCAGGUGAGAUCUCCUCUUCAACGGAAGAAAUUUUAUCUACAACCAAAAGCGAAGCUACUGAUCAGAUUUCAUCUUCAACUGGCAAUGAGGAAUCAACGCUCAAUCCAUAUGCAAGCACUUCUUCCACGGAAUCGAUAACAAGUCCUACGGCUAGCUCAACUGAAGCAGGUGAUAUCUCCUCUUCAACGGAAGAAAUUUUAUCUACAACCAAGAGCGAAGCUACUGAUCAGAUUUCAUCUUCAACUGGCAAUGAGGAAUCAACGCUCAAUCCAUAUGCAAGCACUUCUUCCACGAAAUCGAUAACAAGUCACACGGCUAGCACAACUGAGGCAGGUGAGAUGUCCUCUUCAACGAAAGAAAUUUUAUCUACAACCAAGAGCGGAGCUAAUGAUCAGAUUUCGUCUUCAACUGGCAAUGAGGAAUCAACGCUCAAUCCAUAUGCAAGCACUUCUUCCAAGGAAUCGAUAACAAGUCCUACGGCUAGCACAUCUGAAGCAGAUGAGAUCUCCUCUUUAACGGAAGAAAUUUUAUCUACAACCAAGAGCGAAGCUACUGAUCAGAUUUCAUCUUCAACUGAAAAGAAACAGCGAUACUUCCGGUUACAGGCCGAAAACACAGGCCAGGAUCUUAAUCCACUAUAA